UCGAAACCGUUUAAAUACGGUAGUUGAGCCUCUUUCCAACUUGUUGCUCUUUCUCUUACUUGUUUCUUGGAUCUCUUUUCUCUCACUCAGAUCAGAUCCCUCCAAGCAAGUGAGCUAUGGCCGACCAAACAAACUACCCCAGCAUCAGUCAAAAGUCCGCAGGCCAGUUCCAUCUCAGUUCCAUCCUCUCACAAGAUCUCCACGCUCGAAACCAGAACUUUUCCAGACCCCCCAAAUUUAAUAGACGCUACAUCAAUGGAGGACUCCACAAUCCUUCUCUAUUUCAAGGCUCUGUAAUGCAAACUUCCUCCCCAGUCUUUGCUUUUGCCCCCUCAGAGAAAGGAUUCAAGAACUUCGUCAUUGAUUUCUUCAUGGGUGGAGUUUCUGCUGCGGUUUCAAAAACUGCUGCUGCUCCGAUUGAGCGUGUGAAGUUGCUGAUACAAAAUCAGGAUGAGAUGAUUAAGGCUGGAAGAUUGUCGGAGCCUUAUAAAGGGAUUGGUGAUUGCUUUGCUCGUACGAUGAAGGAUGAAGGACUGGGGUCUCUUUGGAGAGGAAACACUGCGAAUGUUAUCCGUUAUUUCCCAACUCAGGCGUUAAACUUUGCAUUUAAGGACUACUUUAAGAGGAUGUUCAACUUCAAGAAGGACAGAGAUGGCUACUGGAAAUGGUUUGCGGGUAACUUAGCAUCAGGUGGAGCAGCUGGUGCUUCUUCACUAACUUUUGUUUACUCUCUGGAUUAUGCACGUACUCGUUUAGCUAACGAUGCUAAGGCAUCGAAAGGGGGUGGUGAAAGACAAUUUAAUGGUCUUAUUGAUGUCUAUAGAAAGACUUUGAAAUCUGAUGGUAUUGCUGGACUCUACCGUGGAUUUAACAUUUCUUGCAUUGGAAUCAUAGUUUAUCGUGGGCUGUAUUUUGGAAUGUAUGAUUCUUUGAAGCCAGUGCUCCUUACAGGAAAAAUGCAGGAUAGUUUUUGGGCUAGCUUUGCCCUAGGAUGGGUGAUCACCAACGGUGCCGGACUUGCAUCCUAUCCUAUUGACACAGUUCGAAGAAGAAUGAUGAUGACCUCUGGAGAAGCAGUGAAGUACAAGAGCUCAAUGGACGCUUUCAGUCAAAUUCUAAAGAACGAGGGAGCGAAAUCUCUGUUCAAGGGAGCUGGUGCCAAUAUUCUCCGUGCUGUUGCAGGUGCCGGUGUGCUUGCUGGUUAUGACAAGUUGCAGAUGAUUGUGUUCGGCAAGAAGUAUGGUUCUGGUGGUGCUUAAGGACUUUGAUAGAUGGCGAUGAGAAAGAUUUUUUCCUUGACGAGUGUUUUAAUAUUUAAAUAAUUUCUGCUUAAUGGAGUAUUCUCCAGCAAAUUUUGUUUGCAGUGUCCAUAUCCAAAGUCAUAAGUAUUUGGUUGAGUUUUAUAUACUCAUUGAUUUAAAUUUAUUGAAAUGAGAUUAUCGGAAGUUUUUUUC